GUAAAGAAAAACAAACUCGUUUCACUCUCAAACUAAUUGGGAGAAAUAAUUAUUGAAGAAUUUGCAGAGUUUAGAUGAGGCUGUUGCAGCUAGCAUUUCUGGUUGCUUUAACCUCUGGAAUUGGAGCUCUUCUCGUUUACAUCACCGGCGUUUCCAAUUUCGAUCGGCCGCCUGGUCUUUCCAGUGAUGAUCUGGAGGCAUUGAGAUCUUUACAGAGUCAUUUCGGCAAGUGUGUGAGUGCAAAUGGUUUAGGUUUACAAGCUGUAAGGGGUAGAGAUGAUUGUGAGGUUUCGCUGCAGUUCCCCAGUGAGACUGUCCCGAAAUGGAAAGAUCCCAAAUCGGGAGAACUUGAAGGCUUGACUUUUGAUUUCAAUCUUUGCGAAGCAGUGGCUACAUGGGAGCAGGUGCGGAAUAGUACUACUGUUCUGACUCGAGAAUACAUUGAUGCUUUGCCAAAUGGAUGGAGAGAUUAUGCUUGGCGGAGGAUCAAUAAGGGAGCCCUACUGAAUCAAUGCGAGAAUAAAACUCUGUGCAUGGAGAAACUCUCACUGGUGCUUCCGGAUAAUCCUCCUUAUACGCCAAGGCAAUUUAGCCGAUGUGCUGUCAUUGGUAAUUCAGGUGAUCUUCUAAGAAACAAGUUUGGAGAUGAAAUAGAUAGCUAUGAUGCUGUUUUCAGAGAGAAUGGAGCGCCUAUAGAGAAUUUCACAGAAUAUGUUGGUACGAAAAGCACAUUUCGCCUCCUCAACAGGGGUUCUGCAAAAGCUCUUGAUAAAGUCGCUGAGUUGUAUGACAAGGGAAAGGAGGUCUUGAUCGUCAAAACAACAAUUCAUGAUAUCAUGAACAAGAUGAUCCGGGAAGUUCCCAUACUAAAUCCAGUUUAUCUGAUGCUAGGAGCAUCAUUUGGCUCAGCUGCAAAAGGAACCGGGCUAAAGGCUCUUGAAUUUGCUCUCUCCAUUUGUGACACUGUUGAUAUGUAUGGCUUUACUGUUGAUCCUGGUUAUAAAGAAUGGACUAGGUAUUUUUCAGAAUCUCGACAAGGGCAUACCCCUCUGCACGGUCGCGCAUACUAUCAAAUGAUGGAAUGUCUUGGUCUUAUCAAAAUCCACUCUCCAAUGCGGUCUGAUCCAAAUCGGAUAGUGAAGUCAGUACCGAGCCGCAGCUUAAUUACAGCAGCCCGCAUUGCAUCAGAGAAGUUGUUGAGGAGAGUUGGAGCCGGAUCUUCAGAUCCCUUAGCCAAAUGCUCCAUCAUUGCAAAGCAAAUAAGGGGCAAGUCGAACCAAGUAUUGAGCUCAAGAAAAGCUGCUGUCGAGCAUCAAAAAUAUGUGAAAAAUACGAGAAUGUAUCCUCUGGAACACCAUCCUAGGCACGGACAGCUCUGCACCGUUCCAUCCAGGUAGUACUUAGAAGAGAAAUUGCACAACACUUUUCAACAUUGUUGAUUGAGAUAGAAAAAAAGGCCAUCCUUCUUUUAGCUUUUAGAAUGAUCCUUUGUUCUGUAAUGGAAGAGUAAUUCAUGUCUGUAUUGUAGAAUAGUCAUUUCAUUCAUGGCGUUGUAAUUUUAAUUUUGACCUUCAUAUUUGAUUAAGGUAACGAUUAAAUUAAAGAUUUAUUAAUCCCAUAUUAACAUACUUA